UGACAAGUGAUUACUGUUGUUUGCUUACUGGGAACCAACUCUUAGCAACUGCCAUCAACUACUGAGAGCUACUGGAAGUUACUGGAAGAUACUGGAGGUUACCACCAACUACUGCAAAUAGGAACAGUCACUGAAGCUCAAGUUGCUUACAUUUUUUUGAGUUUACGUUUGCUAUCCAACUCUUUUCAAGUCCUGCUGGCUACAUUGCCUAACAUUUGUGUUGGCUUAGUACAUAACUGCUGGUUUUAUCAGCCACUACUACUGUUAAUACUUGGGACGUCUUUUACCUUUAGCGUCGAUAUUGGGCAGGACAGGAACUUGAUUACUUGCUUUCAACAGUCCAGUUUGGUGCUGCUCAACACUUUUAGCAAUACUCUUUACCUACACAUCAACUCUAUUUGACCAGUAUCCAUAUUCACUGGCAAUUCUUUGUUUCUGGCUUUGAAACCAUAUAUUACUCCACAACCAACUGCAGCUAUCCUUGCUUACACUUGCUUUUAAUACUCACAAUCAAAUGAGUGAUAAAACCUGGUUAUUCACAGACCGAGCACUGUUGACCACUCCCUCAAUUAUUUCUGGCUCUUGGUCUACUGGCACUGAAACCCACACUCGCUUAAGAGCAUGUCGUUACAUUGAAAGAUGUGCUCGUCGUCUUGGACUGCCACAUGAUAUGCAGGCUACAGCAAAGAUCCUGCUCCACAGGUUCUAUAUGAGAGCAAGUUUAAAAGAGUGCGAGUACCAUGAUGUUGCUUCCUCGGUGAUAUUCAUUUGUGGAAAACUAGGCGAUGGUCGCAAUUUCAAACACAUUGAACAGAUCAUUAGUGUCUGUGCCAAUGAUGCUGCAAAGUCUAGAACAUUUGCUCCUAUUCCCGAGACUUCAUCUACUUUUAUUCGGUGGAAAAAUACAAUCAUGGCUCAUGAAGAGCACAUUCUUCAACUCCUGUGCUACGAUAUGUCUCCUGAACUGCCACAUCCCCAUGCUUUGGAGCUAAUUAAGAAAAACCAAGGCUCUAUUUCUCUUCAAAAAUUGGCUUUUUUCUAUUGUGAUGAAGCUCUUUGCACCACUCUUUCUGUGAGAUAUUCUGCCAUUCAUAUUGCUCAGGCAGCAGUUCAUGCAGCUCGUCUGACUCUUCGGGGAAAUGAUCCUCGAGAUAAUGGUGCAGAAUGGCAUCAAGGCAGUGGUCUCGAUCUACUGAAACUAAAAGCUUUGGCUCUGGAGAUUUCAUUAGCGGCUGAUGAUAUACAGUUGUCUCGAUUGGCUCUUGUUCGCGAGACCAAAAUUAAGGAUUUGCUCAAGUCGCGCAAGAUACGUCGGGCUGCUCGUGCUGCCUCUCGUAGACCCCGUCCUGUUACUGCUACCAAUUCUCUUUCCCCGCGUAGCGCUGCUGUUCCGGGAACACCUUCCACUGGGGUCACAGACACCAGUCCACAGUGGUCCCCCUCUAAGCAAGUUUCGUCCACAUCGCCUCCUUUUGCUCCUGUUCCUGAUCAAACUCGUACAUCCAAUCGACCUGUGGCAGCUGCUGCCAAUACUGAAGCACUAAAAUCGUCCAACUAUAUAUCCGCUUCGAUUGCUCAAGACAGCCACGCUGUUCGAGUUGACAAUGGCACACGCAACAUGGUUCCACCGUCCGACACGUUCAUCUCUCCCUAUUCUAAAGUUUCCGAAUCAAAAGUGUGCAACCUGCAGCCAGGUUAUCGUCAUAGCACAUACACCAAUGGCUCUUACUCACAAAAUACCAACAUAGGCUACAAGCCAGACAUUGAAAAAACAUACAGACCAGCAUACAAUCCCUACUCAAUCAGUCAUACUAAUGAUGCGUCUUUAUGCUCUACAGGAGCUGGUGCGAUGCGAACAACCAUUGGUGGACAUCGCAGCUAUAAUCCAUAUGCGCGUCCAAGCAAUUGACUUUUACUUUGAAUAGUAAAUAUGGAUGAAUAUCAUCAAGAGUUGCCUACCUUUUAUCACCUUUCUACAUGCUCUGGGUUUUACCGCUGGCAGUUUCCUUUGAAAUAACAAGCCCAUAACACUACUCCACAUACACACAUAACCCCUCUACUACAUAUAUUAAAACCAAAAUGAAACCCACCCUCUUGUUUAAGAAAAGACAUCCUUGCUUCAAGUCUGAUUAGUGCAUUUUAUUACCAACGUCAGCAUCACUACUGCCAAUAUAGCCCAACUACUUACUUUUUUGAUGCUUUGGUUUACUGCAGGUAUUUUUAAAAUUCUACUAUAUCGUCUUUCUAACUCUAUUUUUGCUUCUUGGAUCGAGUACUCGAUUUUGAAAAUCCUAUAAUAAAAAAUUCAGGUGUCUUUAUUAUUCU